UUUGGGUUCAUCAACAGGGGGGAGAGACGUAGCUCCAACGCUUCAAUCACACUUGACCAGACGAACUGUCAGCCACACGGACUGCGGUUCGUUUGCUUUAGAAAAAUGUUUUUAUUUUUUAAUGUUUCUGUGUUCUGUACGUCUCCGUAUUGGAAACUAGCUCUCGCGAGUCUCUAAGUCUCGUGGGUUCACGCGAUAGAUGUCCUCCUCAUUCGUCCCAGUUACUUUUGUUGACGUUGGACUGUUCGACGAUGCGUAUAAACAGAAGAAAAGCAUUUGCUGCCCUUCUCCUACUAACAAUGCUUAGAAGGGAUAGAAGAAGACGUUUGUGGGUGAGACCCUUCAACAGGCUACGGUCAGAGCGAGGUGAUUUUCAUCGUCUUGUGGCUGAACUGAGGCUGGACGCAAAACGCCAUCACGAGUACUUUCGGAUGAGUGCCGAGCAGAUGGAUGAACUUCUCUCCAUCCUUGGUCCAGAACUACAGAAGCAGUCCACAAACUACAGGGCUGCCAUAGAGCCCAAACAGAGACUGGCAGUCGCACUGAGGUAUUUGGCCUCUGGCGAUUCCCUAAUCAGCUUGGCUUCUAGCUAUCGGCUAGGUCACUCCACUGCAUCAAACUCUGUUCACAUGGUGUGUGCAGCAGUAGAGAAGCUGAUGAUGCAGCAGCACCUCCCCAGGCCAACGAAGGACACAUGGACAGAGGUGGCACAGGGUUUCUGGGCAAAAUGGAAUUUCCCUAACUGCCUGGGAGCCAUCGAUGGCAAGCAUGUUGUCAUUCAAGCUCCACCAAACUCAGGCAGUCGGUAUUUAAACAAAAGAAAUGGUUUUUCCAGGGUGCUGUUGGCACUAGUAGAUGCCGACUUCCGUUUCCGAGUGAUUCAAGUUGGAGACUUUGGAGAAAUCAGCGAUGGGGGGGUGUACGCGGCAUCGGAUUUGGGGAGAGGCAUGGAGAAUGGAACUCUAGAGGUGCCACCCAGUGCUCCUCUACCUGGUGCCGCUCACCUGGGAGAUGUCCCAUAUGUAAUGGUGGGCAAUGGAGCUUUCCCACUAAAGACCUAUCUGAUGAGGCCCUACCCUGAACGCAACCUGAAUCAUGACAAGAAGAUCUUCAAUUACAGAAUGUCCCGAGCCCGGAUGGUAGUGGAGCAUGCUUUUGGCAUUUUGUCAUCAAGAUGGAGGAUCUUUCUCAGAAAGAUCAAUCUGCACCCUAAACACGUGGACACCUUGGUCAUGGCAGGCUGCAUUCUGCACAACUUCCUGCUUGCUCCGUCUGAAAACCUGAGGUUGCUGUAUGAGGCAGAAGAGCAGGGGGUGCGGCGCAUGGCAGCAGUGCUAAACAUGGGAGAAAACCGAGGUACAAGGGCUUCCUUCAACAUCAGGGAAACCUACACAAACUUCUUUAAUUCAGACGAGGGUAGUGUGUCUUGGCAAGAGAAGAUGAUCUGAUAUUAUUGGUGUAGUGUGAAUAAAAUAAAAAGUCGA